AUGGGCGAAUGUGGUUUUCUUAGGAUAGAUACUCAUCUUCUUUAUCUCGUCAAAGGCCUCAUUUGUAUUCUUCUGGGCCUUUCCCUCGUCAGCUCCACAGUUGCGGCUAGAAUCAGGCACUUCGACUGGAAUCCGGCCGCACAGACGGCCGUGAAUUCAGCAAGUUACUGCGAUCUCAUCUUCCUCAUGGACGGCGAGGAUACAGAUAUCAGGACGAUGCGGAGAGAUAGUGACGGCGAGGAGGAGGAGGAAGAAGACAAGGGAACAUUGCUGUCGUGGGACUCCAUUCUACCGGACGAACUCCUGCAGAAGGUCCUCUCCUUAUUGCCCAUCGCCGACAUCAUCAAAUUGGGCAUCGUGUGCAAACGGUGGUACGAGAUUGUGCACUCCCGGCCGUCGUUGUGGACGAUGAUGGCGCCGCAGAAGCCGUGGUUCUUACUGUCCUGCUUUAACGACUGCGUCUCAUCGGUCCGCGCGUACGACCCCUGCCUCCAACAGUGGCACAUCUUCGGCUUCCCCGGCUUAGAAAAAAGCAUCUGGCACGCGUCCUCCUCCUACGGCCUGGUCUGCUUGACGAAACGCGAGGAUAGGAGCCGCUUAUUGGUCAGCAACCCCAUCACGAGAGACUGGAAGCGGCUUCCUCACGUCCCCGGCGGCUCUUCCCCUGACUACAACGCGCUCGCCUUGUCGUUCGACCGCCGCACGCGCAGCUACACCGUGGUCUUCGCCAAGUGCACCGCCCAUAUGCCGGGGAACAACCACCAAUGGCACUUCUCCAUCGACAUCUACAAAUCGACGACGCAAUCGUGGGCAACGCUCUUUGCCCAAGACCUCGGCUCGUGGAAGGGCGGCGACGAGGGCGUCGUAUGCGACGGCGUGUUCUAUUACUUGAUCCACCCGAACACGGAGCAACGCCCCCACUUAGUGGCGUUCGAUCUCGCCAAGACGCCCUCUACCAUUCAGUCUCUUAUUCGAGAAGCGAUUCCUGCGCCAUGCCCUCUUACCUGUGCUCGAUUGAUCAACCUGUCGGACAAAUUGGUCAUGGUCGGCGGGGGAGGGUGGUGCAACCGGCUGAUCAAGGGGUUGACGAUUUGGGAACUCGAGGAUAAGACAUGGCGGGAGGUGGCUCGAACGCCGGUCGAGAUGUCAACGAGCUUGUGCACAAUCAGAGAGAAUUUCAUCUGCUGCGGCGCAGGCGACCUCGUCUUCAUACAGUGCUUAGGGUGGCCGACGGCACUGCUGACCUUCGACGUGAGGCGGAAGGUUUGGAGAACGAUGAACGUCGUCGAACCCUUCAUGGCCCUAUUCUUGGUCCGAUUCUUCAGCGGCUUCUGCUUCGAACCGAGGCUCGACGUCACCCCUUGA